ACACACACACACACACAGGCUCGCUCUGUCGGACCCGGGAGGAGAGGAAAAGAAAGGAGAGAGCUCCUGUUUAUUUGCCUCCAACUUCUCUCUCUGCUUCUACUUGUGUCUUUCUGUCUCUUGUUGUCCACCAAUGCGAGGAUUUUAUUACUGUUCUCACUGUUGUUAUCACUGCUGUCCCGAACUAAGGAAAACCAGUUUAAGGACCAGACGGGAGUAUGUAAAAUAAUCCGCACGACUGAGCAAAACACGAAGAAAAAGAAGAAAAGAAAUGGAUAAACGGAGUUAUUCUCUCGUUUUGCCUGCAGCUUUCCUCUACUUUGUACUUUUGGGAUUUACUGCCGGACAAUUCUUUCCAGGUGGCUGUACAUUUGAGGAUUCAUACAGCAGCUGUGGGUACAGCGUUUCUCUUGGAACCAAUGGAUUUACCUGGGAACAAGUCAACUCCUGGGAAAAACCCACCAUGGACCCUGCUCUGCCUACUGGUUCGUUCAUGGUGGUGAACGCGUCGGGCCGGGCGUCAGGACAGAAGGCUCACCUUUACAUGCCCACCCUGAAAGAGAAUGACACACACUGCAUUGACUUCCUGUACUCCCUGUCCAGCCGGGACGGAGCCAGCCCCGGCACGCUCAACGUCUAUAUCAAGGUGAAUGGGGGUGCGCAGGGUAACCCGGUAUGGAACGCCUCUGAUACUGUUACUGAAGGCUGGGUGAAGGCUGAGCUGGCCAUUUCUACAUUCUGGCCUAACUCCUAUCAGGUAAUAUUCGAGGCGGUUUCAGUUCAAGGCCAUCCAGGUUUCAUCGCCAUCGACGACAUACGAGUCCUAGCUCACCCCUGCCGUAAAGCCCCUCACUUCCUGCGUCUGCAGAAUGUGGAGGUGAACGUGGGUCAGAACGCUACGUUUCAGUGUACUGCUGGAGGGAAAUGGUCUCAGCAUGAUAAACUCUGGCUACAGCAAUGGAACGGUAAAGACACGGCGUUGAUGGUGACCAGGGUGGUGAACCACCGGCGUUUCUCGGCAACCGUCAGCGUUGGAGACACAUCCCAGCGCAGCACCAGCCGCUACCGCUGCGUCAUCCGAUCAGACGGCGGGUCAGGAGUGUCCAACUAUGCCGACCUCAUCGUUAAAGCUCCUCCCACCCCAAUUGCUCCGCCUGAGCUUCUCGCAGUUGGCGCCACCUACCUUUGGAUCAAACCCAACGCCAACAGCAUCAUCGGCGAUGGGCCGAUCAUCCUGAAGGAGGUGGAGUACCGCACAACUUCAGGGAACUGGGCGGAGACCCACGUGGUGGACUCCCCCACCUAUAAACUGUGGCACCUGGAUCCAGAUGUGGAGUACGAGAUCAAGGUCCUGCUGUCCAGACCAGGGGAGGGAGGAACAGGGCCCCCGGGGCCGCCUCUGGUCACCAGGACUAAAUGUGCAGAUCCAGUCCAUGGUCCCCAAAACGUCAAUGUGGUGGAUGUCAGAGCCCGCCAGCUGACUAUACAGUGGGAGACGUUUGGGUAUGCUGUGACACGCUGCCACAGCUACAAUCUGACGGUGCAGUACCAAUACGUGUUUAACCAGCAGGAGUUUGCAGCGGAGGAGUUGAUCCAGACGUCAUCACAUUACACUUUGAGGGGGCUGAGGCCCUUUGUCACGGUCAGACUGCGGCUGGUCCUUGCCAACCCCGAGGGCAGCAAAGAGAGCGAGGAGAUAGUCAAACAGACAGAGGAGGAUGUGCCUGGCUCGGUGCCGAUGGAGUCUCUGCAGAAUACGCCCUAUGAAGAGAAGAUCUUCAUGCAGUGGAAAGCUCCCAACGAGACCAACGGGGUCAUCACACUGUACGAGAUUACCUACAAGGCCCUGAGCUCCUUGGACCCCAGCGCCGAUCUGACAACCCAGAGGGGACGGGUGUUCAAGCUGAGGAAUGAGACCCAUCACCUGUUCGUAGGCCUCUACCCAGGGACCACCUACUUCUUCACCCUCAAAGCCUCCACAAACAAGGGUUUCGGCCCACCUGUCACCACCCGCAUCACCACCAAGAUAGCAGCCCCAAUGAUGCCAGAGUACGAGUCUGAGGCUCCACUGAAUGAGACAGAGACCACCAUCACCAUCCUGCUGAAGCCCGCCCAAUCACGUGGCGCACCAAUCAGCUCGUACCAGCUCGUUGUGAAGGAGGAACGCAAGUCCAAGACCCGCCGCGCCGCCUCCGAUACCCCUGAGUGUUUCUCCACCCCUGUCAGCUUCCGCAAUGCCUCCAUCUUGGACUCGCCCUACUACAUCGCUGCCGAGUUGCCCCCGUCCAGUCUCACAGUUGUACAGCCGUUCACAGUGGGAGACAAUAAGAGCUACGGUGGCUUCUGGAAUCCACCACUGUCACCGGCCAAGAGCUACAGCAUCUUCUACCAGGCCAUGAGCAGAGCCAAUGGGGAAACCAAAAUCAACUGUGUCCGUCUGGCUAACAAAGGUGCAUCCACCCAGGACUCAGAUGCCAUGGAGCCAGAGAAGCAGGUGGACAGCACAGUGAAAAUGGCUGGAGUGAUCGCAGGGAUCCUUAUGUUCAUCAUCAUCCUCCUCGGCCUCGUCCUCACCUUCAAACGCAGAGAGAUUCACACAUGGAGAACUCUGAGCGUGGGGAAGUUGGCGAAGAAGCAGAAGGAGACUGCCAGCAGCUCCACCCAGCAGAGGGAGAUGGGUCCAGUCACCACAGCUGAUAAGAGCACCACUAAAGUCAGCACCCUGCACAAAGACGACCCCUUCUCCACCUCCAACCAGGACCUCAAUGGAUUCACCUCCCCCUCUCCCUGCUCCUUCUCUGUGCAGGGAAGCAAGACACUGCAGAGCAAAUCCCUGCUGAAUUCCUACUACUCGGUGUCCAAAGAGCCAGUUCCAGCCACAACUUCUAUAGACAGCAGCCAGCCGUCACUCGCCCAGCCCUCUCUGACCCUGCAGAGUUUUCCCUAUGGAGGCUGUGAGUCUGUGGAGCUCUCCUACCAGAGUGGUCAGUUCCAGGCAGGCCAGUUUCAGCCAGCUAUUCGAGUUGCCGACCUCCUCCAACACAUCACCCAGAUGAAAUGUGGACAGGGUUAUGGUUUCAAGGAAGAAUAUGAGGCCCUGGCGGAGGGACAGACGGCGCCCUGGGAAACGGCCAAGAAAGAUGAGAACCGCAACAAGAAUCGCUAUGGCAACAUCAUCGCUUACCCCACAGACGAUCACACCAGAGUCCGACUGCAACUGCUGGACGGGGAUCCCCACUCUGACUACAUCAACGCUAAUUAUAUCGACGGGUACCAUAGACCCAGACAUUACAUCGCCACACAAGGGCCCAUGCAGGAGACAGUGAGGGAUUUCUGGAGGAUGGUCUGGCAGGAAAACUCGGCCUCCAUUGUCAUGGUUACCAAUUUGGUGGAGGUGGGCAGGGUGAAGUGUGUGCGUUACUGGCCGGAUGAGACGGAGGUUUAUGGAGACAUCAAGGUGACCCUGAUAGAAACUGAACCCCUCGCUGAAUACGUCAUAAGGACAUUCACCGUCCAAAAGAAGGGUCAUCAUGAGAUCCGCGAACUGCGUCAGUUUCAUUUCACCAGCUGGCCUGACCAUGGCGUUCCCUGUUACGCCACCGGACUGCUUGGUUUCAUACGACAGGUCAAGUUCCUCAACCCGCCUGAUGCAGGGCCCAUAGUGGCACACUGCAGUGCUGGCGCAGGGAGGACGGGCUGUUUCAUUGCAGUGGACAUCAUGUUGGACAUGGCCGAGAAUGAAGGCGUGGUGGACAUUUUCAACUGCAUCAGAGAGCUGAGAUCACAACGAGUCAACAUGGUCCAGACAGAGGAGCAAUAUGUGUUUGUUCACGAUGCCAUCUUGGAGGCGUGUCUAUGUGGGAAUACAGCCAUACCAGUGUGUGAGUUCAGAGCCAUUUACUACAACAUCAGCAGACUGGACCCACAGACCAACUCCAGCCAGAUUAAAGAUGAGUUCCAGACUCUGAAUAUAGUGACCCCUAGAGUCCGUCCAGAGGACUGCAGCGUGGGUUUGCUACCCAGGAACCACGACAAGAACCGCAGUUUGGACGUUCUAUCAGCAGACCGAUGCCUUCCUUUCCUCAUAUCUGUGGACGGAGAGAGCUCCAAUUACAUCAAUGCUGCAUUAAUGGACAGCCACAAACAGCCAGCGGCCUUCAUUGUUACCCAGCAUCCUUUGCCAAACACCAUGGGCGACUUCUGGAGGCUGGUGUUCGACUACAAUUGCUCCUCUAUUGUAAUGCUCAAUGAGAUGGAUGCAGCACAGUUAUGUAUGCAGUACUGGCCAGAAAAGAGUUCGUGUUGCUAUGGUCCCAUUCAAGUGGAAUUCAUAUCGGCAGACAUCGAUGAAGACAUCAUCAAUCGAAUCUUCAGGAUCUGCAACAUGGCCAGGCCACAGGACGGUUACCGCCUGGUGCAGCACUUUCAAUUCAUCGGCUGGCCGGCCUACAGGGACACGCCUCUCUCUAAACGCUCCAUCCUCCAGUUGGUCAGGAGGUUGGCUAAGUGGCAGGAGCAGUAUGACGGAGGAGACGGGAGGACUGUGGUACACUGCCUUACCGGCGGAGGGCGUUCUGGAACGUUCUGUGCCAUCUGCAGCAUCAAUGAGAUGAUCCAGCAGCAGAACAUUGUGGAUGUUUUCCACACCGUCAAAACACUGAGGAACAACAAGACUAAUAUGGUGGAGACUAUGGAACAGUAUAAGUUCUGCUAUGAAGUGGCUUUGGAGGCGCUCAGCUCCUUCUGAUUGGCUGUGGGCUGAAAAUCUCUUUUCUGAUUCGCCGUUGACGCUGCCUGUCAUUCUCAACGCAACACUGGGACACACAAAGUGCAAAACUGCUUCGUGUUGACCCGAACCCAACCUGUGAGCAUGUGUGCCUGUGUGUGUGUGUGUGUGUGUGUGUUUGAGAGUGUGUGCACUCUGUGUGAAUAAGAGAGGGCAUGCCUGCAUAUUUGAGUGUGCGCGUGUGUAUCUAUGUGUGUGCCUGUAAAAACUCACACGCAACCUGUACAGAAGAGAAAAAAAAAGGCGACAGACAUACACACCGGGGAUUUUCAUGUGUGUGUUCGCUUCAGCAAGACUGGGGACUUUACAUGCUUGUACAAAGAAAAAAGAAAAAAUGAUACGUUGAAAAAACAAAAUCAGAUGUUAAAAAAAGCGCCACUUUUUCCUUCUCUAUCUCUCUGUCCUCUCUGCUGGGCUGUGAUGUGACUAUUGUACAGUAUUUCCUUUUUAGAUAUACUCUACGCCUUGAAUGUUGUCUCCCUCUGAAGGCUGGAUGCACACUGGAAGAUUUUUGAGAACUUUCACAUUUAGCUGAGGUUCAAGCGAUGCCUCGACUCUGCAUUUUGAACUCCAGUGUUUAUCCACAGAGUAUUUGUAGAAAGUAAUGAAACAUGUCUGGCUGACUUUAGCUGAAAUGUGGAUGUUGUUGAUGAUUCAGUUAGCUGGAUCAAAGCAAAAACCAACAGACACUUGUUAAUAUUUCUGGCAUUUUUCUUUGAAAUCACAAGCUGAUGAAUUUUCCUUGAGGCUCGGGCCUCCUGACUGCGUUAAUGAUACUUGUAAUUCAGUAAUUGGUUACAAAAUAUUCUCAGUAUGGUUUCUUUUCCUUCAUACUGCAUCAAGUCAACAGUUUCGUUUAACUUGGAAAAAUGUGGUUGCAGAUACUGUUAAACAGGAAGAAGUAGCAUGUCACAAGCUACAGUGAGUGGAGUCUAGUGCAUGGUGAAGAAUAACAACGGCAUUAAACACACAAAAGAAAAAGAAAUCAUGCCUUGCCUUGAAGACCAAAUGUUGUUGUUGUUGUUGUCUCUGCUUCAGGUUUUUUUCACUGGGGCUGUAAGAAAAAAAAAAGUUUCAUAAAAUGUAUUUUAGGAAGACUUUGUGUAAAGUCGGUUUUGUCAAAAUCUUAUAGUGUGCAUCCACCCUUACUGUAAAUACGAUAAGACAACCACAGUCAAACAAACAAACAGACAAACAUCAUGCACCAGACACAUUACAAAUAAAGGUUUCAUUUCAAAACACUAUCGCUCUGAAAAGCUGUGUCUGUGACAUUUUCCGCGACUUGGUGGCUAUAGUUUGGAACAAAAUCUUAUUAUUAUACCUUACAAACUGUCCAUUUAGACAUGUUGUCUAAAGAAUUAAGAUAUAUAUUUUUGCAUAUUGCACAUUUAGCUGACGCCCACAUUCAGAGUGACUUAAAAUGAGGAAGCAGAUAGCAAUUAAGUUUUAUCCUUAAGGAGAUGUUAAGAACAUGGCUGUUUGGGUUGAACUUGUGAUGCUCUGGGUACAGGAAACGUUUUCAAACAACGAUGUCAGCCUGCAUCUGUGUGGUAUUAACAGCAGUGACACGCUCUCACUGAAGAUAAAAAAAAAAAACGUAUUCUACUUAUUCUACUUUUUUCCAGUUGGUUUAUGCGGUUUAAAAUACUUGCUUUGAAAGGACAAACUGGGAUAAAUUAUUAACUAAAAUCAAGACUAGCCAAACCAUGUUUACCUGCAUGCCUCCUGAACUGUAUGCAGGCAAAAUCAAUCACUCACUAGGCCAACAUUUGUUUUCACCACGUUUAGCUUGUAGCUAGAACCCCGCUUUAUUGGUUUUGAUCAUUUUGACUUCACCUGAGCAAUGAAAAUUGUGUACUUAAUUUCUUCCUCCUCACUUUUCUUUCGUAUCUAAUGCCAAGGCAGAUGGUAUUCAGUUUAACACAACAGCAUUGGCUUGGGGGAAAACAAUAUGCAGGAACUUUGCACUCAUUGUUUCCAGUAUCUGAGAUCUAAGAUCAUUCAGAAAUUAACUGCAAAUCAGAAUUGCUUAUGGAUGAAUUCAGAGUAAAGUUGACCCACAGUGAUCAAAAAGAUAGACUCCCUGAUUAAGAUCAGAUCCAUAAGCCAUGCUGUGUUUCAUGUUACACAUUCUGGAUACAUUUUAGUGAAAAAGAAGCUCUGGGAUUAGACCGUUUCCCCAGCCUGCCGUCUAUCAUUAAAACGAUAACACAAAGACAAAGAGACAGGUCACAUUUACUUUUCCUCUGCAAACAAAGCCUCACAUUUGCUUUUUCGACAAGCCCAUUGAGGUGUGCAGGUUUAAAAAUUCAUUUAACAAACUCUCUUUCCAGUCCGAUAGGAAAUGAUUUCAGUUGACGGUUGAUCCCAGUGGAAGAAGGUCAACAUGGCUGACAGUUCAGAUGCCACUGCAGCGCAAAGGACAUGUUGGGGAGUUAACGAGAAUUAUACAGGAGGCGAGGCUGACCUCAGCAUUAUCCCCUCAUUUGAUCAGAAUUUCAUCUUUUAACAAACAUUUUUCUCUUAAGUCCGUUCAAAAGAUGUGUGGAGAACUAAACAAGCUAAUUUUAAAGUCACACUCCCCGUUUCCUUUUAGCACCCUCUAAACUGUGUUGAGUCAAAAGGACUGUGAUAAUAUUUAGGAAUUCGUUGGCUUUUUUGGUGGCUAAAGAAUAGUCGCUGUGUCGCCUGAGGUAAUAUGGACGAUGUAAGAACAGGACAUCAGAUUAAGGGCUUCAUUUUCAAACAUCACAGAUCUGUUUUAGCAGAAUCAUCAAAAGCGAUUUUGUAAGCCAAUAUCUUAAAAAAAAAUUUGUAUUUACCUUUACGUCAUUAAUUCAUACCAGCAGGUGUCAGUAUUUGGAGACAAUGGAUUCCCCAGUUUGGAAUACAACUUCACAUUUAACGACAGUGAAGGUGGAUCUCUGGUGAACAUUUUGUUUAGUUAGCAAAAAUUGCUCGUAGGUGUCAAUGCUCUUGGCCAGAAUCGGCAUACUUGUGGCAAAAUGUUGUGGCAAACUGUUCAGUCCGCGCUUGCGUUUUAUUUGUGUGCUGGAGUCCAGUCAGGCUCCUUAAUGGACCUAUCAAGAAAAAGACGUACGAGUGUUGUAUUGAAGACAAUGUGAAUGCCAGAAAUGUUUAUCAUUUAUAUUUCCACUAAGGCUUUAUUUUAUUGGCUUGGUUCAUGGCCGUUCAUCUGUAUUAUAUAUUUUGUUUGUUUUCUUUUUGCAUUUUUAUUUGUCCUGAAUUUGUACAUUUCUUUUGUAUAAUUAUUAUUCCAAUGAUUAUUUGUCUAGCAAAGUGUUGUUUAGAUCUGGUGAUGCCAUUACCAUUGGUUGUUUAGUUGUUUGAAAUGUGGUUAACAUGAA